AUGUCUUCAUCAAGAGGAUUGCUAUUGUGCUGUUGCACUUUGUUGGACGUCGGGGUUCGUGUGUUUUACAGGUUCCGUCAUUGUUUUCCGACGAGUCGGGCCAGUAGCAGAUCUAGUGUACGAGCAAACCUGCAGAUCGGUUCCGUUGGGAGGUGUACGAGCAAACGCAACAGAGCAGGCAGGCUGGGUCCAGGUGGUGGGACGGGUGGCAGGAGAGGUAGGGGCAAGGGAGCCUAUAGGUUGAGAAUCAGGUCAUGGAAUGUAGGUUCACUAACAAGUAAGUCUAUAGAGUUGGCUAAGAUCCUCCAGAAAAGGAAGAUUAAUAUAGCGUGUGUUCAGGAGACUAGGUGGGUUAGAUCCAGGGCAAAGGACGCGGAUGGGUAUAAGUUGUGGUACUCUGGAGUACAAAGGGUUAAGAAUGGAGUGGGUAUCUUGGUAGAUAGGCAUCUUAAAGAGUCUGUGGUAGAGGUUAGGCGGGUGAAUGAUAGAUUAAUGACUAUUAAGUUGGUGGUUAGUGAGUGUACUUUAAAUGUCACUAGCGCGUACGCGCCGCAAGCAGGGUUGGAUGAGGAGAUUAAAAGGCAUUUUUGGGAAGGGUUGGAUGAGAUUGUGCGUAAUAUUUCGCCCGUCGAGAGGUUAUUCAUAGGCGGAGAUUUCAGUGGUCAUAUUGGGUCGGCUGCAGGUGGAUAUAUUGAGGUGCAUGGCGGCUUCGGUUUCGGGGAAAGGAACGGAGGGGGCACUUCUCUGUUGGACUUCGCCAAGGCAUUUGAGCUGGUGAUUGCGAACUCAAGUUUUCCGAAGUAG